AUGGUAUUAAUACCGAACGGAACCUAUCAAGUUGGGACAGAUGAUGUAGCAAUAGAAGCGGAUAAAGAAGGUCCAAAACGGUUAUUAGAGGUCUCAAGUUUCUACUUAGAUAAAUUUCAGGUUUCAAACAGGGAUUUUAAUAAUUUUGUAAGUUCAACUAAGUAUAAGACUGAAGCUGAAACAUUUGGAGACAGUUUUGUUUUUACACUGUUCCUUAAUAACACGUUUAAAGAGCAAUUGAAGGAUUACCGUGUGGCUCAAGCGCCUUGGUGGUAUAAAGUGACAAGUGCAUCUUGGCAACAUCCAUAUGGACCAGAUUCUGAUAUUUUAGAUGUUAUGGAUCAUCCCGUUAUACAUGUGUCAUGGAAUGACGCCAAAGCAUAUUGUGCCUGGAAGGGACUAAGAUUGCCAACUGAGUCUGAGUGGGAGGCGGCAUGCCGAGGAGGGCAUAAAGAUACAAAAUACCCAUGGGGUGAUAAGUUAUUCCCAAAUCGGAAGCAUAUGGCAAAUAUUUGGCAGGGCACAUUCCCACACUAUAAUUCAGCUAAAGAUGGUUUUAUUGGUACAAACCCAGUGGAUAUGUUUAAACAAAACGAUUUUGGCCUUUAUAACAUGGCUGGUAAUGUUUGGGAGUGGACUGAUAGUACUUGGUCAGAAGAUAUGCCACAAGAAAAGGUGAAGAAAGGCGGAUCAUAUCUAUGUCAUCUUUCCUACUGCUACCGAUACAGAUGUUCAGCCCGAUCACAUAACACUGCAGAUAGUUCAGCUGGAAAUCUAGGAUUUAGGUGUGCAAAGACUGCUUCAUAA